AUGCCGGAGCACUCCCUCGUACAAGUCCUGCUGCCGGGCAGUAACGACGUUCUCAUCGCCUCGAUAGCCACGAGUGCUACCAUUGGUGACCUCAUUGCAGCCCUUCUCAAGGACGGUCAUAAUGCCAAACCCCUCACACAAUCCUUCGGAGAGCACUACGAAUCCUUAGCUACCCGCUCCCUCCAAGCCUCAUCUUCGUCACCAAACUGGCUCAUCGACACACAGGGUAUCGCAUGGGGCCUGCAGCUCGUCGAAACAUCAGAUGCCAACCGCGAAUGGGCAGCGGCAGAGCUGGAAGCGCUAGGAGACGGCCUUCUCCCUACCGCCAGCCUCGUCCUCCCCUCCCUUUCUGCCCGCCAAUCCGCCUUUGCCCACACCUCGCACCUGCACUCGCCGCGGCUGCGCCUGGUGUGUGGUGCACCGGGUCUCUCUGUACGCCUCCAGUUCGCACACGUUCCAGAGAUCACAGAUGGGUGGAGCAAGAGGGUCUGGUUCCUUUCGACCUCCUCAGCGGCGAGUGACGUAGUGGAGGCCGUUGUUGAAGAGCUAGGCAUACGCAAGAUAGUGCUUCAAGGAAGCAAGAGUGCGCGCAUAGAAUACGCCCUCGCCAUGUGCUCUUCAAGCGAGGCGGCACCCAUGCCUCCUCCGCCUGCUUUGCCUGCUUCGACUUCUAUGCCCGCUUUUCUACAAGCGCUGCAGGGGCAAGGUGGCUCCUCCCGAGAUACGACUCCACUCCUCCUCUUCACUCUGUCAGCCUCUUGGCUCUCCCGCCUCGGCACGGUAGCUGUGGGCUUCGCCAAGCACGCAAAGAAGGCCAGCCCCUCGCCGAAGAAGGACAUCGCUGCUGAGCAGGAGAACAAGCCCCUUGCCGCAGCAGCGCAGCCUCCCUCGCCCUCCCCGCCGAAGCAGCGCGCGCCGGUGAAUGGGAUCCUCUCACUGUGGGGCGCAGCGAGCAUCUCCAAGGCCUCGGCGCCUGCCAUCACCCCCAACGAUGAGGAUGGCGAAGAAGACGACAGCGGAGCCUCUCUCACAAUCAAGGCCUCCCCCAAGCCGGAGAAACGCGACCUCGGAUCAGACUAUAAUGUGGCCAGCGUACGAGGAUCAGUCGCUUUCCGCAACGGCGCCGGGGCAGGCACGGGCAGCACGCCCUCGCCAAAACGAUCACAGCCCCCGGCCAAAUCGUCCACACGGCUCAGCCGAAUGUUUGAGGGAUGGGGAGGAGGAGGCAGCGCAUCAUCCUCAACGGAUGAGACACCGCAAACUAGUGUGGAUCGCGCCAGCAAACGCAUAUCAGUCAGUGGGCCGAUCCAGGCAUCUCCCUCUGCAUCCAACCCCAGCUCAGCGAUUGCGCCUCAGAUAGCGGACGACGAUCUCGCCUCGAGCUUUGAGCGACUCAUGGACGAUCUAGGCAUCAAAGGCGCCAGUCGUACAGGUAUGCUGUCGUUGCCUGAUGAUCGCAAGAGAUUCUUGAUCGCACAGAACGAGGCGAAUCGAUCGCCAAAGGCUCGGCCUCCUUCUGUGGUCUCGCCGCACGUAGAUGGAGGCGCAGGGUUCAUGGAUUCGGUCAGUCGUGCGAGUGCAGCGUGGACGAAUCGCUUCAGUAUGGCAAGCAUCACAUCUUGGGGCGCCGAUUCCGUCAGUAGCGGAGACGAGGCUACCGGGACAAGGCGGAUGAGCAUGGCUCCUAGUACCGACCAAGAAGAAGGCGAUUCGACCCACUCACCAGCGAUGGACACAAUGAGUACUGGCGGCACUUUCUGGGGUAACUGGUGGGGCGGCAGCAGCACUACAAGUCAGACGCCAGCAAGUGAGAAGACGCCUGCGGCGUACAUUCCUGCGUUAGAGGGUAAGCUCUCCCGACCUGAGCUGGUCAAGCAUCUCAUCGCCUUGCGGGUGACUCUCGCCUCCGCGAAGCUGAGCUCCAUCCCUGAAUUUGUAAGCGCUGGUGGCCUUCAAGCUCUCGAGCGUCUUCUGGGUCGCGAAGCCGGUGCGCUCGUCAAGCGCGGCACUCGCGAGGAUAUCAGCGACGCGGUCAUCGGCGAGGUGGUGAAAUGCCUGCGCGGGGUGAUGAACACCGAGAGCGGCUUCGAGGCGGUACUUGCUCGCCCCCUCCUGCUCAUCCACCUAGGUGAAGCCCUCCUCACCCCAUCGCACCGACUACGAUGCCAGCUAGCAGACGUCCUCGCCGCUCUAUGCGUGCUGAGCGCCGAGGGGCAACGCCUGGUUCUCGCCGCCCUCGCUGAGCUCAAGGUGGCCACCGAUGCCAGAUUCAGAUUCGACUAUCUAAUCGACGGUUUGCGCGUGGACGGAGCGGGAAGUGAGGAUGAGGACGCCGACAGCGAGAGCGGAUGGGACUCUGCCCCUCGAUGGGAGUAUCGCACCGCCACUAUGAUCCUGCUUAACGCGCUUGUCAACUCGCCCGAGGCCCUCGAUGAGCGGAUAGCGCUGCGCGACGAGCUUGCCCGGCGCGGCUUGAGUGAGGUCAUCGUAAGUCUGCGCUACUGCAAUCCUCCCGACUCGCUGGAGACUCAGCUCCAGGUCUGGGCGGAGGAGAAGGGGCAUGAUGAUGCGGAACUGCGUGAGGGUCGCGGGGCAAGUGGGGGCAGUCUCGGUGAGCUGGAAACGCUCCUGCUCGAUGUGAGAGACGAGCAGCCGGAGGUUUAUACUACCCUCGCGGAGGUGAUCACAGAUCUCACCGACACGCUUCGUCGCGAGCUGGACCCGGAGCUACGCCGCGACCUCCUCAUCCUGGUGGGCAAGUUCGCCGAGCAUUCAGCAGACAUGACAGAUAUGGAGGACGGAUGGCGCAAUUUCAUGCGUGCGUGGCUGUCCAGCAUCCAGCACAUCGUGGGCAAACAGGCAAUCAUUACCGCCAACCGCGAGAGUGACACUUCGAGCGUGCCGAGCAGCUUCGUCGCCGAGUUGGAGGACCUGCGCGAUCAGGUCGAGCAGCUCAGCGAUGAGAAACGACGUCUCAGCGAGGACCUGCAGGAGAGGGAGGCGCACCAUCGUGUGCAGGGCUUGGGAGGGGAGGGCCAGCCUGAGGGGAUGGCGGGGAUCAUCCAGCGACUCGUGGCAAAGGAGAAGCAGGUGUUGGAGCUGCAAGCCCAGCUUGGGGAGCGCAAGGUGGGCGGGGAGGAAGAAGCCAAGCGGGACCGACUGGAGCGCACGCGUCAGUGGCAAAACCUGAUGGAGGAGAUUGCGAGAUAUAAGGCCAUCAUGGCUGAUCAGGAGGGCAAGAUUGAAGACAAGGAGAAGGAGGUGCGAUACCUUAAGCGAGCGCUUGAGGCUGUCUACUCGCGAUUGCAGGCCGCGAGCGACGAUGAUGGUGAGGGUGGGUCUGAAGCGGAGGACGAAGUAGCGCGCAAGGAGACGCAGACCACGGGCGUGGAUGCGGGGGAGAUGGCCACGCGCAGUAUCAAAGCGUUGGCGGAGAAGGAUGACGCCUUGCGUGAGCGAGGCGAGGAGGUCAGGUCGAGAGAUAGUGAAAUUGCAGCAUUGCGCUCCGAGGUAGGCAAGCUUCAGACACAGGCGCUCGAUCUGGCGGCCGUCAAGGGCUUCUUGGCUGACCGGACGAAGGAGCUGAAGGAGGCCAGGGAGGAGGCCAGGGCCGUGAAGGAAAAGUUGUUGGAGCUGCAGGCCAGUGGACAGACACACAGGAGUGCGCCGCCACCGCCGCCGCCGCCACCGCCGCCGGGAGGAGAAAUGGCAGCUGGACCACCACCACCACCACCGCCGCCACCUCCAGCUCCUUCCGCUCCAUUCGCUGGUAACUUCGGAGCACCGCCGCCGCCUCCACCUCCGCCGCCGGGACCCCCAGGCGCAUUUGGGGGACCACCUCCUCCUCCGCCACCGCCACCACCAGGUCCUGCAGCGCUCGGCGCUGGCCCACCACCACCACCUCCUCCUCCUGGUGCACCUGGCCCUCCCCCUCCGCCUACUCUACGCCCAGCAGCCCCGCAAAUCCCGCAGCGCAAACGCAAGCCUCUCUUCUGGAACAAGGUUCGCACGCAAGGCCAGACAGUCUGGUCCGAGCUACCCGCAUCGCAAGAGGUCACGGUCUCCAUUGCAGACAUCGACGAUCUCUUCGCCGUAGCCCCAGCCAAGUCUGCCGCCUCCGCCGCAAAGAAGGCUGCCGCCCCCGCGAUGACCACCCUGCUGGACUUGAAUCGCGCUCAGAAUAUUGCCAUUGUCCUGAGCCGUAUCAAGCUCACCCUGCCGCAACUGCGCCACGCCCUGCACACGGUCAAGGGCAGCCGACUGACCCUCGACUACCUUAAAGCUCUCAAGCAGUGUGUCCCGACGGCCGAGGAGGCAGAGCUGGUGCGCAACUACUCCGGCUCCUUCUCACGGCUAAGCAAAGCUGAUCAGCUAUUCAAGGAGCUCGAGGGGAUCCCUCGCCUAGAGCAGCGACUCAGUAGCAUGCUGUACAUGCGCAAGUUCGAGCUCGAGAUGGAGGAAAUCAAGCCAGACCUCUCGGCCUUGCGCGAGGCUACCGCGGAGAUGAAGAAGAGCGACAAGUUCAAGAAGGUGCUUCAGACCGUGCUUGCCAUCGGCAAUGUUUUGAACGCUUCGACCUUCCGUGGUGGGGCGGCCGGGUUCGCCUUGGGCGACCUGCUCAAGUUGAAGGACACGAGACCAAGCACGCCGAGAGAGGGGACACCAACACUCUUGCACUUCCUGGUCAGGCAACUCAACAAGGCGGACAAGGAAUUGGUCGGAUUCCUCGACGAGUGCGGGAAUGUCGAGGCUGCGAGUCGGCUGAGCACGCAAGGAUUGGGGGCGAGCGUACAGAGCUUGUCGCUCGGCUUUGAUGCAUUGCGCGAGGAGGUCAAGGUGCUGGAGUCGGCGCGUUGCACGGCGGAGGAUGACGGGUUCCUUCCCGCCGCUCGAGCCUUCAUCGCCCAUGCUGCACCGCAGAUCGAGGCGUUGCGUUCUGCCUCUACCUCGAUCACGGCUGGGCUGAGCGAAGUUGUCGCGUACUUUGGCGAGGACCCUGCAGCAAUGAAGGCAGAGGACUUCUUCAACAUCGUCUCCUCUUUCGGCCAGGCACUCAUGCGUGCAGAGGUGGAUGUAAUCGCUGCGGACCGCAAGAGGGUAGAGGAUGAGGAGCGCAAGAAGCGAAUGAGGGAACGCGGCCUGGGACCAGGACCGAGGAUCAAGUUGCCCGAGCCUGUUGGGCCAGAGGUGCGCGGUCCUCUCGCUGCUGCUGGUGCAGCCUCGCCGAGUGAUCUGCUUGCAGCUGCGGCGGCUGCCGCCUCCAAGCUUGGCGAGGACUCGGAUGAUACAACACCGACGGGGACUCUCCCUGGUGGUCGAUCCUGGGGACGGUCAGCUGCCGCAACCCUUGCUACAGUCGGCGAAGGUGGCGAAGAGGAAGGGGAUUUCGAGCCGCCGCAGCGACCUGGUGGCGGCGCAGGGAACAACUCUCUUCGUCGUGGACGUGGUGGACGUGGUCAGCUCGAUGCGGCAAUCAAGGAGCUGCGUGCGGGGGUGGUCAGGCCGACGGCACCUUCUGCGGCGGCAGGUGGCUCGCUGAGGCGUGGCGGUACGUUGCGGAUGAAGGAAGAGGAUUACGCAUCGAUCAGUGGGAGAAAGAGCUUCAAGAUGGGGGCGACCGACGUGAGGACUACGAGACCGCUCAGUCGGGUCUUCUUGACGGGGGAUUGA